GAUAAAUAUUUAUAUACAUUUAUAUAUCUAUACCUAUAUCUAUAUUUCCUAUAGCCCUAUUAUCAUAAAUUGAAUUAUUGGGAUGCCGGUUGAUGACUUACCACUGUAUCCAACGCCGCAACAAGCGGCGUACAUUAUGGACCCGCCACGUAAAAGUAGUCAUCCACAACAAGGACAAUACAAAUCGUCCCUGCUGCAAUCCGUAGGAAAAAGCAAGUAUGGACAUUCUCAACAACCACAAAGCUACCAGUCUUAUCAGCAGGCUCCACCACCCCCACAGCCAGUACAAAUUCAACAACAACCUCCACAGCAACAGUAUUACCAGCAGCCUUACUAUCAACAAAAGCCCCAGGGACCUGUUGCAAUUCCCCAACAACAACAUCAACAGCAACAUCAACAUAUUGGGCAUAUUCAGCAAGCACAGCCCUUACCUGUUCCUCAACAGAAUUAUUAUGGAGGGACAUCGCCAAAUAGCCGCUAUGGACAACCACAACUGCAGCAACUACCACCACCACCAAUGCAUCCACAACAGCAAUCCCAGCACCUGCAAUAUCAACAGCAAGUCCCACCUCCACAACAACAGCAACAACAGUCGCAGCACUAUCAGCAAGAAUAUGCCCCACCAAGUCAAUCACAACACUCUAGUCGUUACAAUAGCGUAUCUGAUCAAACUCAAACUCAAUCACAUCCACAAAAGAAGCCUCCACCUUCACAAUCUAUUCAAUAUAUUCAAUCCUCGAAAAAUUCUAACAACAGGUCAAAGGAAUCUUUAGAAUAUUCAAAAUCACCUCCGCAACAGAUCUCUGCAAAGCAAAAACUAGAAAAUGAGUUAAGAUCUGUUUUCGAUAAAGUAGACUCUAAUCAUUCUGGGAAAAUAUCACCAAAAGAACUUUCGGCAGCCCUUCUCAACUUUGAUCAUUCCCGCUUUAAUGACUCUACGGUUUUGUUGAUGAUUAAAGUUUUCACGACCCCUGAUAGUGAUUCUCUGAGAUCAUUAAAUUUCGACCAAUUCGUCCAACUUUGGAAGCAUCUCUCCACCUACAAAAAGCUCUUCAUCAGUGCGGAUAGCGAUAAGUCUGGGGACGUUUCAUUUGGAGAAUUUCAAAAAAUCUUAGAGCAAAUGAGAUAUAAACUUGAUGUUGACUUAGUGCUACACUUAUUCCUGAAAUACUCCGCUAAAACUUCUUCUGGGGAGCUGAAUGGGGCAAUUGGAAAGCUCAAGUUUGAUGGUUUUAUAGAGUUAUUGGUUUAUUUAAGAAAAUUAACUGAAAUUUUUAGAAAAUAUGAUAAAGGUUUAACCGGUGUUGCUACAAUCAAUUUUCAAGAAUUUUUGUUUGAGGUUACAAACUUGCCAUAAGGAUCUUAUACAUUUAUAAUGGUCAAAAAUAAUACAUGC